AUGUUUUUCCCCUUCUCAGAAAGCAAAGGCGUCGACCCCAACGAUGCCGCUACUCAGGCCAUUCAGUCAGUGCGACAGGAGAUGGCCCAGGCAGCAGCACCCGAGGUGGCGAUGACUGCCGGAGGUCACGAGGACCAACUACAGGAACUCCGCUCUAUGGGCUUCUCAGAUGAGGAGCGCAACCGGGCGCUCCUCAAGAAGUACGCCGGGCGCAUGGACCGCGUGGUGGAGGCAUUGUGCGGCAGCUGA